AUGUCUAAGGACGAGAGACUAGCUGAAGGUUAUUCUACACAAAGACCUCCACUCUUCAAUGGGAAGUACUACGCCUAUUGGAAAACAAGGAUGGAGAUGUUCAUACAGUCUGAGAAUUAUCAAGUCUGGCGAGCUAUCGAAGUAGGAGAUUACGAGGUAACAAAGACCAAUGCAGAAAACGAGGUAAUUCCUAAACCUAUUUCUGAAUACGAUAGAAGCGACUUUGAAAAGAAGGAGAUUAAUGUUACUGCUAAAAAACUCCUAGUUUGGGGAUUAGGACCAGAUGAGCAUACCCGAGUCAUGGGAUGCAAAACUGCUAAAGAAAUUUGGGAUUUGCUAGAAAUAACCCACGAAGGAACUCAUGAAGUACGCAAAAUUCUAAGGAGUCUUCCUGAAGAUGAACGGUGGAGAUCCAAAGUGGCAGCUUUGCAGGAAUCAAAGGACUUUACAACUUUUAACCUUGAACAACUUGCAGGUUCUUUGAUAACUCAUGAGCUUCACCUAUCAAACAAAAGUCAAGAAAGCUCAAAGAGCCGAGGAAUUGCUUUAAAAGUUGCCCAACAAAGUGAAGAGGAUUCCGAAUCUAGAGAGGAAGAAGCUGCUAUGCUAGUCAGGAAGCUAAAAAAGUUGUACCGCAACAAAAGGUUUGGUGACCAAAAGAAAAGGAACUUCAAGAAAAACCAAUAUUCCAAGGAAACAGGAGGAUGUCACAAAUGUGGGAACACAGACCACUUCAUCAAGGAAUGCCCUCUCUGGGAAUCAGAAAAAGGAAAAGGCAAAAUGAAGGAACAUGGAAAAUCUUAUACUCUUAACUUUUCAAAAUCUGAUUACAGGAAAGCCAUGAUAGCUUCGUGGGGAGACACAAGUUCCGAGGAUGAAGAAGAAUCCAUUGAAGAAGAGACGAAAAACCUAUGUUUGAUGGCUAAACACGGUGAGUCUGCUAAAAAGUCAGAGGAGGUAAAUCUGGAACCUAAAUUUCUGAAAUCCUUGUCAAAAGACAAAUUAAUUUCUUUGCUCAUAGAAACAUUGGAUGAAUAUAAAGAAAUAUGUCUUAAACUUGGACAAAAUGAAAAAGCUCUAGAAAUCUAUAAGGAUCAUAUGAAAUAUUUGAAUAGUUCAAGAACAGAUGUUCAGGGAAGAUUCUUUGAUUUGCUAGAUAGAAACACUAUGCUUAAAGAAACACUGGAAAGAGUCAAAAAUGAAAAUAUCAUGUUAAAUGUUGAAUUGACUCAGUAUAAAUUGUUAUGCACUAACAUUGAUUCUAAUAGUGCUCUUCAAUUUCCUUUAGUAACCUUUAAUGAUGAUCUUGAAAAUUUGAAAAAAGAAUUGCAGGUUACUAAAGACAAAAAUGAAUCCCUUGAAAAGGAUUUAGAAAGAGCUAGAAAAAACAAAAGUGCAAUCCACAUGGGAGUUCCAAGGUGGAUAUCCGAAGCUCAAACCAAAAGGACAGAGGGUUUGGGUUUCAACCACAAAAAGAAGAAUAGUGGUAAAAAGAAAAAGUACGUGGAACUCCCUAGUGAGACUGUGUGUUCCUUCUGUGGCAAGUCAGGACACAAAGAUACUGAUUGCAAAAGAAAGGAACUUAAGUCCACUAAAAAUAUAGCUUAUGUAUGGCAAAAGAAAAAUGAGUUUGCUGUAUCAACAAAGGAACCCAUGAAAGAUGGGGUUCCUGAAUCUAACCCUUACAUCAUUCAGAAUGACACUGGGAAAGUUUUGCUGGAAGGAACUCGGAAAGGAAACACUUAUAUAGUGGAUCUCAAUACAGUUCCGAGGAACAACUUAACUUGCCUCAGUGUCAUUGAGGAUGAUCCUUUACUGUGGCAUAAACGUUUUGGUCAUGCAAGUUUCUCUUUGAUUGAUAAGUUAAGAACAAGGAACUUGGUAGAGGGACUUCCUUCAAUCAAGUUCCUAUGUGACAAAAUUUGUGACGCUUGUGUGAAAGGAAAGCAGGUCAGUUAA